AUGUCUCUUUUCGGUAAAGAUGAAUUAUCAAAAUAUUUGCCCAAGUCGCUUGGUUUCACUUCCAAAUCAACCAGAUCCGAAAGCUUGGAAAGUAAUAACGACGAAGAAGCGGAAGAUCAUGAAGCUGCAAAACUGAGGGCCAUGUUGCCUACUUCAUUUGGGUUACAGAAGAAGACUGUAAUAACAACUGACGCUUUUGAGAAAACAAGACGGAAGGAAGGUGAUACAACGCAUAUAAAACAAGAAAUUACUGAGCCUGAGAUUAAACGCAUAAAAGAUGAAAGUGGACAGUCUUCCCCUGCAAAAUAUCCUGUCAAAAUGGCGGAAUAUUAUGAGACAGAUUCGGAUGAUAACGAAAGUUUGGACGACGAAGAAAUAUUUGACACUCUGCCUAUUUCUCAUGAGAUAAAAUUACACGAUCAUUUUAAGACUGUCUCAGCAUUAACUCUCGAUCCCUCUGGAGCUCGUCUAAUUAGUGGAGGAUACGAUUUCGACACAAAAUUUUGGGAUUUUGCUGGUAUGGAUGCAUCACUUCGUCCAUUUAGAAGCAUCAAACCGUGUGGGGAUCACCAGAUUCAUCAUCUAGAGUAUAGUACCAGUGGUGACUCGUUCUUGAUAAUAUCCGGGUCAGCAAGAGCCAAGUUGUAUGAUCGUGAUGGAUUUGAAAUUGAAGAAUAUGUCAAAGGAGAUCCAUACAUAAGAGACAUGAGAAAUACAGUCGGUCAUAUUGCUUCUUUGACUUCGGGCGGAUGGCACCCACAUGAUAAACAAACAUUCUUCACGGCAUCAGCUGACAGUACGAUAAGAAUUUGGGAUGUUGAAAAUAAGCGCAAACAAAAACAAAUUAUUGUAUAUAAAUCAAAGGAGAGAGGCGGAAGAUCGUCUGUGACAGCAGUGACAAUGAACCAUGACGCCAAACUUAUUGCUGGAGCCGCACAAGAUGGACAGCUCUGCUUAUGGCCCGUGAAUGGACCAUAUUUACGACCAUCUCAUUCCAUUGAAAAAGCACACCUGCCAUACUCGGAGACAUCUUGCAUUCUUUUCUCACGAAAUAAUUGGACGGUGGUUACAAGAGGCGGCGAUGACACCGUGAAGAUCUGGGACACACGUAAUUUCAAAAAAGUGGUAUCUCAGGUGAACGACUUACCCACGCUUAAUCCCGAAACAAACAUAAUCUUCAGUCCAGAUGAGCGAUUGCUUCUUACUGGGACAGCUACCAAGAAGGGUGCUGGUUAUGGCAAGCUAUUAAUGCUUGACAAAGAUUCUCUCCAACCCGUCCGUACAAUGAACAUCACACAAUCGACCGUUGUCCGUGUGCUUUGGCACUCGAAAAUAAAUCAAAUAAUAACUGGUAGUGCUGACGGUUCGGUACAUGUCUUCUAUGAUCCGAAUACUAGCGUGCGCGGCGCAAAGCUAUGUGUCUCGAGGACACCCAAGAAGAGAGCUGUAGACGAUUACGAUCUCGAAAGACCUAUCAUUGCACCACACUCGCUUAACCUUCCGGUUAGUGGGCCUGGUAAAGGUGGUAAGAUUGGUAGUAGUCUGACUCAGCACAUAAUGAAAGAAUUAAUCAAAGACACUACGAGAGAUGAGGAUCCACGUGCAGUUCUUCUCAGAUAUGCCAGGAUAUCAGAAGAGGAUCCAAAAUGGGUGGGAAAGGCAUACGAGAGGACACAGCCGAAAAAAAUACUUGCAGAAACAACUGGAGAGGAGGAUCAAGAAGAAGUAAAACGACGACGAUAA